GCUGAUGAGCUGAAGAUUGAAAAGGCGAGAAUGAGGAAUGAGCCAGACAAAACUGAUAUAUAAUUAACGGAAGAAAACAAACUUCACAUCUGAAGACAAGGAUCAUACAUAAUAAUUCAUAAUUCCAUCUCGGAUUUGGAGUUUCCCGAAUUGUGCUUCCUCAAAAUCUAGAUAUUCGUGUCUGUAACACUCGCCAAACGCUAUAGAAAAAUGAGGCGGUCCAGUGCUCCUUCAGCUUUGCGUAACAAAAACCCAGCUUCAAUUUUGCCGUCGUCUCGUCAGGAACUAAAUAGGCCAAAAAAUGUGCCCAAAAUUCCCACAAGCAUUGACGAACUUGACGAUGGAUCAAUCGGUGGCUGUGAUACCAAUAAGCGCAGCGCCAGCAGAAUUUUGAGAUUGCUCGGAGGGAACGAUGCCCCAGGAAAUGGGAACUCUUCGUCUGCAAGGAACUUGCCACCUGCUGGAACAGUUCGAAUUGAUUGCAAAGAUUCAGGCGCUGCGGUAGACGAGAAAAGAAUAUUUGAGGCUGUCUACAGAAAAAUGCAAACAAAGAAGCACAAGACUUGGGAAGGAGACGGCACGGUCGAAGUUUCUGGCAGGAGUGUUGUGUUAAAGGAUGAAAAUGGAAAAGAAAUGGGAAGAAUCUCCAAGGUGAAGGAUGAUGUAGUGCUGGAAGAGGGUACGCAACUCGUGAUUGGCGGGAAGGAAGUUGAGUUCUUGGGGCUUUUGAGCAAAGUGGCAAGUGCGGUGCAGGAGAAAAGAAAGCCUGACGCAAGCUUUGCUCAAAACCAACCAGCUAGAAAAAGAUUUCAAUUGAACCGAGAAGACGACAAAAACGAAGAGUGGUAUCUUGAAAUGCCGAAGCCGAACCACAGCCAUCAGUCCGCAUUCAACCCCCAUGGCCUUCCGAUCAACACCGUCACGGUCGACGGCUUCUUGGCGAGACACUUGAGACCGCACCAAAGGGACGGCGUCACGUUCAUGUUCCAGUGUUUGAUGGGCAUGACUGGCGAUGAGCCAGGAAAAUUCCACGGCUUGCUCCUGGCCGACGAAAUGGGUCUCGGCAAAACCAUCCAGUGCAUCGCACUCAUUUGGACUCUGAUGAAGCAGAACGUUUAUGGGCGAGACCCUGCCAUCAGGCGCGUGCUGAUCGUCACUCCAAGCUCUCUUGUUAAGAAUUGGGACAGGGAAAUCAUCCACUGGCUCAAAAUCCACCGGCUGCGAGUGUUCGUCGUCGGAGAUCAAAAACUGAAAGAUUACGGUACAACAAGGCAGGAUCCUGUUGUUAUUUGCUCGUACGAAGCGCUCGUGCGCAACAUUGAGCGUGUCAGUCAGCUCCGUUGGGACUUGAUGAUUUGCGACGAGGCGCACAGGAUCAAAAACCCAAACACAAAGACUUCCCAAGAGCUGCGGCGCGUUCCGUGCAAGCAUAAAAUCCUUUUGACCGGCAGCCCGUGCCAGAACAACAUGAUGGAAUAUUUUGAACUGUUGGACUUUGCAAAUCCAGGAGUGCUUGGCACUAGGAAAGAAUUUUCGGCGCAGUUUGCUGGCCCGAUCGAGCGAAGCAACCUGGCCGACUGCAGCGAAGACGAGAAGGAGCUGGGCAAAGAGCGAAAGGAAGAAUUGCUUAGAUUGACUGCGCCCUUUGUGCUCGGCCGGCCCGCAGAAAUCAACCUGAAGUACCUGCCACCAAAGCAAGACCUGAUCGUUUUCUGUGCUCCCAGCCCCCUCCAGGAGGAGCUGUACAAAUCAGCCUUGGGCUUUUUCUGGGGCGACGAUGAAGUCUGGAGAGAAAUGGACAUUGCCACUGUGAACAGGAAUGCGCUGGGCGCCAUCACCAGCCUUCGGCAGGUCUGCAGCCACCCCAGCCUGCUCAAAGUCAGGCCUGACGACGCUGAAAAUGACUUGGGGAGGCUGCGGCAGUUCUUGCAGCAAGAGUUGCGGGAAGGAGAGGCCACCUGUGAUUUCAUCGAGAUGUCUGGAAAACUGACGGUUGUUGCUGGCAUUCUCGGCUUUUUGCACGAGGCGAAUCGAGAAAAAAUGCUGAGAAACCAAAAGGGGCAGACGGACCGAGUGCUCAUCGUUUCCUAUUUUGUUGAAACCCUGAACGUGCUGCAGAAAAUGUGUGAGCUGCAGCACUUCUCAUUCAGCAGAAUCGACGGACAGGUGCCUUCGAGGGACAGAAUGAAAAUCGUCACAGACUUCAACAACCCGAACUCGUCCACUUUUGUGAUGCUGCUGAGCGCCAAAGCUGGAGGGACUGGUCUCAACCUAGACGGCGCCUCCAGAGUGAUUCUCUUUGAUUUGGACUGGAACCCAGCGAGCGACGCCCAGUCCCUCGCGAGGGUGUGGCGAGGCCGACAGAAGAGGCCAGUCAUCACUUACAGACUCCUCACCUCUGGCAGCAUCGAGGAAAAGAUUUUCCAGCGGCAGAUUCAGAAAACUGGAAACGAUCUAUCGAAAAACUCAAAAUCCGGACUGAAAUUUACCAAGCAGGAGCUCAAGGAUUUGUUUUCGUACACCCCUGAGAAGAGUGGAACAAACCUAACCCACUCGAUCUUGAACUGUGAUUGCGCUUGUGAUGGCAAAAAUGUUGCUUGGAAUCAAAAGAAUUUGCACAACGGUGACCAGGAAGACGACAAGCUUGAGUGUCGAUUCCCUCACAUCAAUGAGUUGGCCCUGUGGAAGCACAUUACCAGUGACAACUUUGAGCAGCAACUGCUUGAUGAUCUCAACGUCACAUUUGCUUCCGGGGUCAUUACCUUCAUUUUUGGUUCGGAGCUCCUUUUCCAGGGAUAGAUUAAGGAGGAAAGGACUGUUUUAUUUUGAGUGCCAACGAUUUUGUUGCUAAUCAGUUGAUCUGUGAAAUAAAAAUGGUUUAUUUUGAAUUAAAA